CCGGAUCAGAGCGGCAGAAGCUCGGGUAGAGCAAUGACUAUUGCCGACGUGCAUGGACAGAGCUCAGUUCUGAGUUCUCCGCACCGCAGAAGGACGUCGAUUGUUAUCGUGCCUGAACUUAGGAUUAUCUUCGACGAAGAAUAGUGUAAGGUUGUCAGCAUUCAUCAUGAGACGGCUACUGUGCAUUGCCUUGGUCUGCAUGGCAGUCCUGCAGCUUACCAACUCCAUGCCUAUGGGACACAAUGAACCGGCAUCGGCUGGUGUCGCUGGCAAGCACAAUGAAGAUAGCGUCGGAAUCACAAGCGGCAGGCAUGCACGGAACAUGUACGAUGAUGAGAGCGACGCCAACAGUGAUGAUGACGGUGUGUCUGAUGAUGCACUGGAUGAGGCUAAUGGCAUACUGGAUGGACUGCUAGCCCAGAACCACAACAUUGACGGGAGCAGUAGCGAGAUGUUCGCUUCAUCUCAAGAAGAUAGCGAAUCCGACUCCGCAGCUGCCUACUCCGAUGCAGAUGCCAGUGAUAUGGAAUCUGACGAGAAUGAUCUGUCCAUGUUCAGAGAAUCUGACUUUAACGCCGACAGCUUGGAUGAAGCAGAGGGUAGUGAGGCUGAAUUGUCUCUUUUGAAUGAGGCCGAUGAAGAUGCAAAUAGCUGGCAAGGCAUGCGUGAAGAAGCAGCAUCGGAAGAAGACGGCGUCUUUGAUUCUAAAGCUGCAGAUUUCAACUCCGACUCUACUAGCAGCGAAAUGUCCAAUUCCAGAGACGACGAUUCUGAUCUUGCUACUUUAAGGGACAUGGAUGACGCAGAGAAUGAUUUUGUUUCCAGCUCCAACGACGCGAUUGACGAAGCAGACAGCUUGCAAAGCAACAGAGCCAAUGAUGAGGCUCUGGGGUUUCAAGCCACGGAUGAUGAUGCUGAAAACUCGCAAAUGGACGAAGAUCAUGCCCUGACUGCCAGGUACAAAGCCCAGCUUGAGAAGAUGUCGCGUUCAGAUGAUACCGAGCUGGACGCAGACAGCUGGGGCAACACCGUCGAAGCUGACAGUGAUGCAUUGACUGAUGACAACACCGCUGAGAAUAGUUACAAUUCGGACUCUGUCUCCGAGAAUGAUGAUGAUGAUGCCCAGUUGCAAUACGACGAAGACGACGCGGCGAUCGACACACGAGUGGAUGAUUCCGACAUGCUCGACUCAUUUGAGGCCGAGUCUGACAACGCUGAUGCUCUGGAUGCCACACAGUACAGUGCCGAUGCAGUUGACGACUCUUCAUGGCUGGAUGACAUGGCGCAGACGGCCAGCUCUUCGUCGAACGAAGCUGAUGAGAGUUUCGAUGACACACUCAGCUCCUCUUAUGCAGAAAACGACGCAUCAAGUGAUGCAGUCCUAGCUGAGAACAGCGAUGCCGUGAGCGAUUCCCUAGCUGCGUCCGAUGACCUGGAAUUCAACCAGGAAAUGACAUCAUCGGAUGACAUCACCGACAGUGAGCAGCAGCAAGAGCAGUGGGAUGAUGACAGUGACUACCACCACACUGGAAACGGACCUGAUGAUGUCGAUGCUGAUGGCCAGAGUCUGUGGGAGAGGGUAGCUGCCGGCGAGACACGCAACAGCGAUCAAGUGGCUAGUGACGAGCAGAGCAGCAGCAGCAGCAGCAGCAGCGAAAGCGAUGAGAUUGAUGAAAUGCUACAGGAGCUACAGGAGACAGACGCGGAGUCCCUCGAUUCGACGAUGGGUGACAAUGAUGAUGACCUUGAAGUGGACCUGGAUAGCCUUGGUCGAAAAAGGCGCUGAGCAUAUUCAAAUAGCGUCAGUCCCGAGAAACCCUUUGCACUGCUCAUUAGUUCAGUAACAUUCUGGUUAUGUCUUUUUCCCGUUUUAACUCCCUUAAACUUUUGAAUGCUGUAUUGUUUUCCUCUAAGUAUAUACCCUUGCUGCUUCUCUGAAGAGCCGAUGCUGCUUUCUGAGAUGUUCUGGACUAAGGGCAUAUUGUACUCUCUUUCAAGUGCCGGCAUAAACAUGAUAAAUAACACAUGAUUUCCUGAGCUGGCCACUUCUGAAUGAGCAUGCCGGUCACGUGGGCCUUCGGGAUUAUCCCAGAGGUGACGCUUCUUUGCCGGAGACCAGACAGUCUGGCGUGCACUACUGUCAGAACAAACACCAUAUCUACACGAUGCAGCUGAGCAGAUGAUCACCAUGCUUCCGCCCAUAUUCUACUGUUCUCCGUCUUCACGUUGUAUGAUCCCCCCCCUCCCUACCCCCUGCCCCCUCCCCCCCCCCCAUGCCCCUGCUCCCUACUCACUACCCCAACAUAAACGUAAGUAGUUUUCACUGCUUGGUUGGAGAUACUACAAUGUAUGGGCUGCACUCUGCAGUGUCUCCCCACUCACAGGUAUAUGUAUGUAGUGUGUGGACAGUCUAACUCUGUCAAAUACCAAGUGCCACAAUAAUACUACUACUAUGAACAGGUCGCAUAUUGCCCGCAUAAACAAAUCAUACGGGGUCAUGCAUCUGUCAAUGAUCGUUAA